AUGGAGUACGAAAACGAACAGCGCGGCUACGACGACGAGCCUCGCGGCUAUGAGCGCGACCGCAGCAGGUCUCCCCGUGGCGACCGUCGCGACGACGGUGCGCGUGCCCGCAGUGCCUCGCCUGGAGGUCGCGAUAGCCGGGGCCCACCGCCAGAGCGCAGGAACGACGACGAUGAGAGCCGCAACUCGGGCUCCAACCUCUUCGUGACGGGAAUCCAUCCCACGCUCAGCGAGGACGAGGUCACGCGUCUCUUUGAAAAGUACGGCGAGGUCGAGCAAUGCAACAUCAUGCGCGACCCUCACACCAAGGAGUCUCGCGGCUUCGGAUUCGUCAAGAUGGUCACGUCGGAGCAGGCUGAUGCUGCCAAGGAAGGUCUACAGGGCGAGGUUCAUCAGGGUCGCACACUGAGCAUCGAGAAGGCGCGCCGCGCGCGUCCUCGCACACCCACUCCGGGCAAGUACUACGGUCCUCCCAAGCGUGAGUUCGGUGGACGUGGUGGACGAGGCGGCCCUCGCGGCUACGGUGAUCGCUACUCAGAUGACCGCCGCGGCGGAUACGGCCGACGUGACGACUACGGCUCUCGUGGCUCACGGUACGAUGAUCGUGGCUAUGGCGGCGGCGGCCGUCGUGACGACUAUGGUCCCCGUGGUGUUGACCGCUAUGCCUCUGACCGCAGCUACGGCGGCAGGGACGGUGGUAGGGAUAGUGGACGCGAUGACCGUCGCGGCGGAGGCGGCGGAGGCGGCUACUACGACAGGCCUCCUCCUCCAGCUGCUGGUGCCUACGAUGCUCCUCCCCCGCGUGAGGCGUACGGCGGCGGUGGUGGAGGACGCUCGUACGAGGGUGACUACGAUCGCUCAUACCGCUAG